CCCACUCCCCACUAUAGCUCCCUCCCCAGUCCUUCCAACCUGCCCGAUCGAGGAGGGGGGGAGAUGAUGAAACGGGAGUGAAGAAGAGGAAGGAAGAGCGAGCGGGGGGGGGGCGGGUUGAUAUCUUGUUUUUCCCCUGGAGCGGAAAGGGCGUCACGCCGGCCGCAGGACGGAAGGAAGGGAAGAAAGCCAGAAGAAGACAAGACGAAGACGGCGAGGAGGCGCCUGGAAAACACGACACAGGAUCAGUGAAUUGGACGGCGGACGGCGGCGAUCAACACCCCCGCGUAGCCACCCCCCACGUCCCGCCUCAUCCCUCCAACAUCCUCUCUCUCUCUCUCUGCGACGAUGAUCUGCGCCUCUCGUCUCCUCUGAACGUUAUUCCAACAAACAUCGCCGCCAUCGAUUCUGGACCGUCAUAAUAAUUCGGGUUUUUCUUUCGAAUGACCGUGGAGUCAAAACGAGAGAGAAAGCCCACGAUUACCAUCAUCAUCAUCACCACCACCGCUAGCACGGUCUCUAGCCGCCAGCCAGGUCCUCCCUCCCGGCUUAGCGCCUCCGGCAUCACCGAUGCGACGACACAGCGGCUCCUGCGUCAACACAAGCGGACUAGACUCGGACCAGCAGGGCUCUCAUCCACCAUGAAGCACUGAAAGACAUCUGACACAAGCACAGAUGGGAUGAAAAUGCGGCGGCACAGGGUGUUCUUGCUGUGCACGGUGGGCCUGUGCGUCAUCUCCUUCCUGCACUACUACAAGGCCCUCCAUUACGUCUCCCUGCUGCGCGAACUCUCCGCCCCUUACCCCAACAUCAAGUCCUUCAUCAUGGUCACCGGCUUCUUCUGGAGGGAGAAGGGAAUCGCUGCCACCCCGCUUAGCCCCACCUCCCCGGAGGAGGCCCCACCUCUGCCGGCUCUUCACCCAUCGGACACCAAAGCCAGAGGCGGCGCGGUGGGGGAUGCGGUGGGUGUGGGAGGCGGGAUGGGGCCGGGGUUGAUGUCGGGCGGAAUUGUCAGAAGAGCGGGACUGGAGAUGAGGCUGAGGGAGGAGCUAGCGCCCCCUCACCCUUGGGAAAAACCAGAGGAGAGCCUGCGAGGAGACGUUCCAAGUCAGCAAGCUGAAAACCACCUCCAACCACGGGAGCCCACCCACCUUACCCGACCUGCAGGCGGUGACCUCCUGCAAGUCCCCUCGUCAGAAGUGGAGCAACCGGCACCGUUCCUCAAGAAUCAACUGUUAGACUCCUCAGAAUCCAUGGGAGACCUCCACACUCGCACUCACCAGCUGCAAGAUGACAAAACUCCGUACUUUGCACGAACCAAAGCCGGAGCGCUCUGCUUCAGGCAGGGCACGGAGGUGGCGAGCCAAAAGGACAACUCUGGGAGAGCGGUGGGCGGUGUGGCCGGGGAAGGGGGACACGCAGGGGUAUCCGGGCAUCGUAAACCUCUGGAGGUUCAGCAACAACCAUCCGUCCUUCCGAAAUCCAAGACGAGGGCGAGAGGCGGCAGGCGUCUGGUGAGGUGCGUGUGCCGGCCAGGAUGGCACGGGCCCUACUGCGGCGUUCCCACGAUGGUGUACCACUCCAACCUGCCCACCAAGGAGCGCCUGACCCCCAGAGAGACUCCACGGCGCAUCAUUAACGCUAUUAACGUUAAUCACGAGUUCGACUUGCUGCACGUGCGCUUUCAUGAGCUCGCCCAAGCUGUCGACCUGUUCCUUGUUUGCGAAUCCAACUUUACGGCCUACGGAGAGAAACGACCUCUGAGUUUCCUUCGGCUUCUCCUCAACGGUACAUACGACUACAUCCGCCACAAGCUCUUGUACGUGUACCUCGACCACUUCCCGGAGGGCGGGCGGCAGGACGGCUGGAUUGCCGAUGACUACCUGCGCACCUUCCUGACGCGCAAUGGCAUUUCCCGGGUGGUCGGAGUCCGGCCGGACGAUGUCUUUGUCAUCAACGAUGCCGACGAGAUCCCGGCUCACGAAGGCCUCCUCUUCCUAAAGCUAUUUGACGGCUGGACGGAGCCCGUCGCCUUCCACAUGCGCAAGUCGCUGUACGGAUUCUUCUGGAAACAGCUGGGCUCUCUGGAGGUGAUAUCGGGCUGCACGGUCGGGAUGCUUCGCCACGUCUACGACUGCAACGGCAUCAUGCUGCGGCGGCGCGAGUACUACACCAUGCCGGGCUUCCGCAAGUACGAGAACGACAUGGGCCACAUCCUGGUGCAGUGGUCGGUGGGCAGCCCCUUUCACUUUGCCGGCUGGCACUGCUCGUGGUGCUUCACGCCCGAGGGCAUCCACUUCAAGCUGACGUCGGCGCAGAACGGGGACUUCCCGCGCUGGGGCGACUACGAGGACAAGCGCGACCUCAAUUACAUCCGAGACCUGAUCCGCACGGGGGGCUGGUUCGACGGCUCCCUGCAGGAGUACCCUCCUGUGGACCCCAAAGAACACAUGUACGCCCCCAGGUACAUGCUGGAGCACUAUGACAGGUACCGCUACCUCCUGGAGAACCCGUACAGCCGAGCGCCCCCGCACAGUGACGGGUAGCGGAGCGGCCAUCUUUGGAUAAACACCAAACCGGCGCUUGGUUCGGACUCGCUAAAAAACUCCCGACAGGACGCCGGCACUGGAGUCCCAGAGGGAACGUCAUGGAUGUACAGACCACUGGAGUAACCAAAUCAUUUCCUCAUUCCGAACGUUUGUAAGGGGCGUGGCUACGGUCUGUUUGUCCCGCCCAUGUGGCGCAUCCCAGCGAUGGCAGCCGCUCAUGUGAAUACUCCGCCCUGUUUGGACACUUCCUGUCCUAUACACACACACACACACACUCAUCCCACAUGCACCUGCGUGUGUGUGUGUGUGUUAAAGGGAGGUUGUGUGUUCAUUAGUGAAGAAAGAACGCAGGAAAAAAGAAAAUUGACGAUUUAAAUGGAAGGUUGUUUUCGUGCUCCCGUUCCUACAUGAGAAUUGCAGGUGCGUGCGUAUGUGUGUGCGUAUGUGCGUAUGUGCGUGCGUAAGUGCGUGUGCGCGUGCGAGUGACGAACUAUGUGUCUUAUGAUGACCCAUCAGUGUUGUGUGCAGCAGUCAGGAUGACUUUGUCUCCUUGGAAACAAAAGUGUGGAUGAGAAGACGGGUGGGCGGGUUCUUGAAGUGUGUGUGUGUGUGUGUGUGUGUGUGUGUGUGUGUGUAGGUUGUGUAGUGUUCAUGCGAGGUCAUCCCUGAUUGUGUUGUCAUCUUUCCUCACAGCAACAUGACUCACUUUUCUUCUCUUUUGAGAAAGUACAACUUGAUUUUCUUGACACACACACACACACACGCACACACACACACACACACACACUGGAAGACAACACACACAGGGACAAAGUCGUGCACACAAACUCAUGCACUCACUCAAGUAUACACACUUAACAAAUGCACUCGCACAAACAGCAGUGGGCACAAUGGACAUACAACACACAAAUAAACACACUUACAUGCGGAUGGAUGCACAAAAGCACACUUUGGGACGCUUGCACACAAACACACUGAUGGGCACGUGGACACACUACACAGAGGGACACACACAUCGAUCGACAUGCGUACGCACUACAACGCACGCUUACACUGACUCCAGUGGAUGCACAAACGCACACUUUGGGUCAUCCGGUGACUCACACACACAAAAAAAUACACACAUUAGACUGACUCGCCAGCAACACACGUGCACGUGGAAAGGCGACACAAACACACACA